CGCCGCCGUCGUCGUCGCGUUGUCGUCGCCGCCGCCGCUCGGUCCGUCUCUCUAUCUCCUUCUUCGUCUCUCUCCGCGGCGCGCUGUACACACUCGCCCGUAUCAUACGAGAAAGAGAGAGGGAGUAAGAAUUCGCACAUUCGCUCGCGGCAAAGAUAAAGGGAGACGGAUAGAAACGCUGGUAAGAAAGAGCGCGCGAUAGAUAAGAGGAGAGCGAGACACACGUAUAUGCGCUCUCGCCGAGGAGACGUUCCGCCGCGACGUACUUGUCCAGCGUUCGCGAGGAGGAUGAGAAGAGCGGCGAGACACUCCGCGACGAGAUAGAUCCUUCUGGAAGGCUCGGCGCCUCGUUGUUUGUUGUGUCGCGCAGGGACGGUGCGCACACGCGUUUUCGACACACGUGCGAAGCGGCGUAAAGGAGAUAAGAGGCGCAGACGAGGAACGGUACCUGCGUCCCGUGGCGCCCCACUGUGUUUUUCUGCGGAAAGAGCGAGGAUAGAAGGAGAAACAGACGCAUCUCUCUCUCCACGAGGCGAACCCUCGCAGCUGGGUAGCCGCUCUAAACGAAUGCGCGCGUCGUUUCCGCCGUCCGUUCGUCCCUGAGGAACGUUCUCCGCAGCAGCGAGCGUUCGAGACAACGGACUGUAUCCGCGCGCACGAGAGAAAGACGGACGGGUAACCUCGACCUCAAACUCUCUCGACGGCGGCGCGAGAGGAUGGAAUCGCCGUCGUCGUCCAGCCGCGGAUAAGUCGGUCGGAUAUACGUGUACGUCGCAGUGUGUGUGUAUGUGUGUGUGUGCGCUACUACACGACGUUGUCGUCGUCGUUUCCGUGGCCGCGCGGAGUGCGCGAAUAAUAACCCGCGCUUUAUAAUGCACGGCGGCGCGCCGGAUCCCGCGCAGCGUCGCAAGAAAGCAGCGGCCGGGUUUCUACGUUCCGUUUUUAUUCGCUCGUCGGACGGUCCGCUGCUCUGAGAGUCAAGUUCGUCGCGCUUCGCUGUGCGCGCGUCCGUGGCGCGCUCUCCAUCGCGCUUUCGAUUGUGCGUCCGUCGCCGCACGGGCUUUCUACCUGCCAACUCGCCUGCUCCGCGUGUGUGACACGAGGGACGCGUCAUCGGCAAAGGAUCGACCCGCUUAUCGUGAUCGCGACCUACCCGACGCGAAACCGUUGAACUUCGCGGGCGCGAGAAAGUUCCAAGGAUAUUUCGAGGAGCUUUCGCCGGGGCGUGAGGAAAGGGGGAAGAGACCAUCCGCGCUGCAGGCUCGACACAGGGGAAGAAGAGCGUCCCGCCGAUAGAGAGAUCACGCUAUCGGCCGUUCAGGCGGAAGCCUGAAAUUCUGUCGUGAUCGGGCCGAUUCGUGCGGGGCUCCGCUGCUGCACCUGCCGAGCGUGCGCAUCCUUCGCAGAAGGAAGGAGAGGAGGCAAAGAGAGGGAAGAAGAAGCGAGCGAACGCGUGCUGCGCCGUCCGCUCGACAGCAGCAGCGGCCGUAUCGAAUGUCGACCAGCGCCAAGGCGGCUGAAAAUCGACGGAAGAAGGAUGCAGCAGCCUCCCUUGAUCCGCGUGUCUUCGUCGAGCGUCGGCUAAUCGACGAUUGAUCGCUUCGCGAGGACGAUACGAGGUUCUCCGCUAUCUUUGUCGGGAUCGAAGAAGAGAGGCGGACUGGAAUUUUGCCGUUACUGUUCAUUGUUGGAUCUUUCCCUCGUUUUGACCGCGACGACGAAACGCGCCGUUCGCUCGCUCGCGUGUGUUAAUUUUCUGUGAUACUUGUGCGUCGAUUGGUGAUUCGCGACCUUGCUGUGUUGCUCGGUAGAGUGAUCGACGACGUGUUGGUGAGAAGUUGUUGGUGCGACGCAAAGGGAGAAGAAAGGAGAGCCCAUCCUCUCGUGUACGCGUGACUCUCAAUUCAUUACCACGGAUCUUCCUCGGCAAUUCGACGCCGCGCCCACCCUCGAUGAGAGGAGGCACAUGUCCAUUGCUGCCGCUGAAAAUGCAGGGCCUGGCCCGUGUGAACUGCAAGACCCGCAGUUGUGGGUCAAAAUGAGUGCGAUUACUGGCAGCAUUACGAAGAAAAGAAAGAAAUCCGAUGCGAAGCCUCAGUCGCAGAUUAACAAGUGCCUUAACGAAAAAAGACGACGGACCCAAGAGAACUUGUAUAUCGAUGAGCUUGCCGAGCUGAUUUCCGCCACGGACAUGAGCUCUGGCAAGACUGACAAAUGUCAGAUCCUUCAGAGAACCGUCGAUCAGAUUCGGCACUUUAGGCAACAAGAGGGCUCCAAUAGUCAUGCCGUACAACAGGGGGAAGUGUCUUCGUCGAAUCCGAACAUAUUGUCCAACGAUCAAGUUGGCUCUAUUUUACUCGAGGCGUUAGACGGCUUUCUAUUCGUUGUAAAUACCGAGGGUCGCGUGGAGUACGUUACGGAUAACAUAACGCAGUACAUAAAUUACACGAAGGACGAUGUCCUCGGAAAGGAUAUUUACAACAUUAUUCAUCAUGGAGAUCACAACACCUUCAUGCCCAGCUUGUUACCUGUGUCUUUAAGCUGGACGAACGAGUUGCAGCCUCAGACCAGGAAUCGUACUUUCAUUUGCCGCUUCUUGGUGAAGCCUCCGGAUGAUAAGGACGAGACUAUGGAAGAGAAGCAACAGCGAGUAUCGAAAUACGAGUCUAUGCAAAUUUGUUCCGCUGUUCUGCCGAGUAACGCCGAUCGUCUGGAGAGCGGUGAUGUGUCCUCCGAGUCGUCAGACAUUGGUCUUUGCGUGAUGUGCGUGGCGCGUAGAAUAUCGCCAAACGAGAAGCCGAUUGGUACUCCCAUUGAACAGUUCACCUUCAAAUUGGAUACCACGUGGAAGAUUAUCACGGUCGACAUCAGUUGGUUGUCCCCCGUCUACUCCAAGUACCUAAGCAAGGACCUGAUAGGCACGUCGAUCAAGGACUUGUGCCACCCUCAUGAUCUCAAUACGCUCACGAAGCAUUUGAGCGAUACGUUCAAAGUCGGGGAAAGUACGAGCGAUGUGUACCGACUGCGCGUUAGUUCUGAUAAGUUCCUUAAGAUUCAAACAAAGUCAAAAUUUUUCAAAGGGAAAGUGAUGAAUGCGCACGAUAGCGACUACGUGAUGGCUAUUAACUCCAUCAUCGGGGAUAACCUGAUGCCUAUCGAGGGUGGCCAGCUUUCCAACAACAAAUUGUGCUCGGGACACUCUAGCAGCCGUUGUGCGAAUAAUAGUAAUAACAAUAACGGUAACAAUAACAAUAACGUGGGUGGUCCAUUGAUGUCCGUCGCGCAUCUGAACGGUCAAGUGAGUGGUAUCAGUGCUCGCAGUAUGACGGCGGCAGCGGCUGCCUCGCACGUCGCCACGUCUUCGAACUCGAUCACCUUCAGCGCGGGGGGUGCCACCGGCGGCGGUAACGGUAGUGACUCUUGCAACCCCCUGACCUCGCUAAGCGCGUCCGCCGGCAAUACGUUUAAUUUCACGGGGAAUGUGGACCUGGAAUUCGAGUUUUUCCGCAAUCCUACAUGGGACUUGGACAGCAGUGCCGGGUGGACGGACAGACCGGAAUCGAGAGCGAGCGGGCCGCCGAACUCUCGGCCACCUUCUCAGCCAGCCCCAACGGCUUCGCCGAGUCCGCAGGGAACGACCUUCUCCAGUUCGGCGGUAGCUCCUCACUGUAGCCCUCUACGCCCGUUCAGUCCAACUACAGUCAGUGCCGCUCAUACUUUCAGCAAUUCCUUUGCCUUCAGCCCCCUACAAGAAUCUACGCAGACAGCCACUUUGAGCAACACCGCGAUUGGUGGUGUCGACAGCAACAACGGUGGUGGUAGCGCCACUUCUACGACGACUGUUAAGCGAGCCGAGGAGACGACCAAUAAAAGUGGUUGUUCUGCCAAUAGUAAUAGUGGAGGUAGUAGCGGGAACAGUGGUAUGAUGGACAGCGCUGCCACAGUGAGGACCAGCAACAGCAGCAGCGGUAGCAGUGUCGCCGUUACCGCCGUCGAGGCUCAGAACAACAGUGUUGUGUCCACCGAGUCCGGUAGACUCAGAAAUUUGUUGACCAAGGGCCCGAGUGCUAGUGAGGACAGUCAGGACAAUACGAACAGCGACUCGGAUAACCCGAAUAGGCACAGGAUACUGAAGAUUUUAUUGAACCAGCAAGACGAGGACGAUUAUAACUCGGAACACAAAGUGCGCACGAGUCCCAGCAAUAUGACGAAGCCCAGCGGCAUGGAACACUCCAAGUCGUCGCUCGGAAACCAUAUGCUCUUGCAGUUAUUGAACGAAAAAAAUGACGACGAGGACGAAGAGAGUCGCGCCGGGGCAAAGAAAAGAAAUGAUAUUUUGCAACAUCUAUUGCCAGAUGAAGAAAGGAAAUUACCGGAACAACAGCAAAAUCGGGAGGACUCUCGCGGGAGAGAGGAUACCUUGUUACUGAGUCUUGGGUUCCGGACUACGACACCAUCUCCGUCACAGUCGGGCGAACACCUUGGUCUCGGCAGCACGACUCAAGUCGGCCAGAAGAGACCAGGGGGAGAGGAUGGUGAUAUGAGCUUAGCUCUGAAACGGCCGAUGGAUGGUUCGCAUCAAGUAACUUCUUCUGGUACGAACUCUUCGAUCAACACGAACAGCAAACUGUGGGAGAAAAAUAAGAUGUUGGCAUCUUUGCUGGCGAUAAAGCCGCCGGAGCCAACCAACGUCCCACCGAUUCCCGCAUCUGUGAUAUCGGCAACGCCACAGGACAAACUGCCUCGCAUGAAGCAGCAACAGCAGCAGCAGCAGCAGCAGCAACAACAGCAGCAGCAGCAACCACAGCAGCAGCCAUGGACAGGUGGCAGUAUGCAAGCAGUUGGUGGUAAUAAUGCGAUAACGACGACCGCGACGUCGGCGCGUACUCCUCUCCAAAGCCAGUCGAGACAACUACCUCGUCAACCAACCAAUACCUACCUCAGUCAUAUGUUAAGUCAGCCACAAAGGCCCCAAAUGGGAUCAAUUGAGUCCGAGUUUGCGGGCAGUGGAGAAUACCGUCAGUCCAGCACAGAUCCAACAAGCUGGGGGGACAAUCAGUCGUCGGAUCCGGACUUGUCAGAAAUUCUAGAUCAGGUUAUAGACACCUUACCGGAAGAUGCUAUCACAGGCUCGUCUGGGAUAUCAAAUCUCUUAGAUACAGGAGAAACACCGCCAAACAAUGCCAUGAACGAAAAAAUGGCGAUUAACGCCAUUCAAAAUGCUCUGAUGUCCUACGAGACUACCGUCAAUCCGACGUCUUCCACCAUAACUAUGCCUGGCACACCUCCAGCCUAUUCUACUGCAUUGGGAACCGCACCCGCGACGACGAGUCACAAUUACCAGCCACCGCCAAUGUAUCAGCAACCGAGGAUAAGGUUUAGUAAUACUCAGCCAGGUAUCAGACAGACCGCCCAAUUUACGCAGCAGCAGUUGCAAAUGCAACGAUCGAAGCUCAUGCAGCAACAGCAGCAGCAGCAGCAACAGCAACAGCAGCAGUUGAAGCAGAGGCUGCUGCAACAGCAGCAACAACAGCAGCUGCUAAUCCCUUCCAACGCCACUGCUACGGACCAAAUUACCACAGGCAUUCACAAUAUUGAUAACCUUCUCAACAACACUGUUGCGCCGCCGAAUGUGUCGUUGCAGCGAUCGAGUGUCCCAGAUUCACAAGUUUCUCCAGGUUAUGGGGGAUCCGUCCAGAUGCCUUCUGGUCAUCGACUCGCUCACUCGUAUUCCCAUCCAUCGGCGUUGCAACAGCAUCCUAUUGUGAACAAUUUCAACAAUGGACAACAAGUCUCUGCCGCGGCAAGGCUCUCGCCACAUCCUCCGGCUAACAUACUGUCAUUCUCGCACCCACAACCGUUAUCGCCACGGGUAACUCAAGUGAGUGGCACUUACGGCAACUCCCCGAGAUUAUUAGUGAGGCCGCAACAACAACCUACGGCGCAGCAGCAGCUGCAACAGCAGCAACAACGAUCGAUGCCCUCGCCAGGGACACCGGCAUCCGCGCGGCAAUCACCCUUUCCCGCCGAAGCGUUUCCUCCGCCUACGUCCCCGACGACAAGCCAGUUUCCACCAGGUCCCAAUACUGGUGCUCCGAACCCUUCGGCCCAAUAUCGGUUGCAGCGGACCACGUCCACACCUUCUGCGACCACUCAGUUGCCAGGUGGCGUCGGUUCGCCCCGGCACUACGGCGGCGUGAGUAAGGAACAACCUCUUCUUUCACCUAGUCAUUCACACACGGCUUGCCCGGCAACACCUACUCAACAUCAACACAACGCCACGAACACUCAACACUUCACCAAUCAACAACAUACCUCCAUGCUAUACCACACCAAUGCCAAUAGUAUCAACACCGCAGACAUGCAGAACAGUCAGUUCUGUUACGAUCGAACAUCCGUGCAACUUUAUUCGUCUGGGGAGGCUCAGGAUGCCAGGUCACUGCCUCCCAGUAAUCCCGUCAAUCACCAAAUGGGUGGUAACGCCAGUACCUCGGAAUUUGUGCGGCAAGAAUUGCGGGCGAUUGUUGGCGCGCGAACGCAGCAACAGCAGCAGCAACAGAGAGUGCCCAACAACCUACAGAAUAAUCUGUCUGGUCAAGUCUCGCAAGACGAUUUUGAAGCGCUUGGGCUGACGCUUCAUAUGUCUUCUGCAGGUGAGGCUGUGGUUAGCGAUGGCCCCGCCAAGAGCUGGGCCAUUGGGAGCGCCGGAAGUGCCCCCUCGUCCUCCAGGACUACUAUGGAGGAGGUGGCUCGAGGUGAUCCGAAGUCGUCGUUGCUGCAGAAACUACUGUCCGAGUGACUGCAGGCCACCGCAAUCCCGUUACGCAGUAAAGGAUUAUAUGUAAUAUAUGUUUGAGUGUGCGCGGAGAGCGAAACGGAGAUACAAGGACGUAAAAGUACGGAAGAGAGCGAGAGGAAGAGAGCGCGAGAGAGUCUGAGAAAAUGAGAGGGAGAGAGAGAAAGAGAGAGAGAGAGAGAGAAAGAGGGGGAGAGAGAGGGAGAGAGAAAGGAUUAUAAAACGCAUAUACACUCUUAUACGUAAUGGAUACUAUUGUAUUAUAUGUAACGCCACACACGGAGUCAGUAUUCAUAUACGUAUCACCAAAUACAAUGCGAAACUAGCGCGCGGUGCUCUCUAGAAUGUGUUACUCGUCUAUCAGCCGAGGAGUAGAGACGAGCGAACGUACGAGAAAGGGACUCAGAGAGAAAGAGAGAGAGAGAUUGAGAAAAAUAGCGAUAAUAUAAGGGAGAUGAAGAAAAAGGGAGGAAAACAGCGGUACUUUUUUUUCCCCCUUUCCUUUUUUACUUUUCGAACUCGAAGGACCAAAAGUUUCCGUUUCCGUUUGGCCGUGCUGAGAUUUCCUGAGUGAGUACCGGAUCGGAGGAGGGUAGUGUCGAGGUUGCGGUAAGGGGAAAACCAAGAGAUUCUCUUUCUCGUCGAGCUCGUCCCGGCUUCGGACAACGAUACCGAGAUAUAUGAUAUAACGAUCGCAGGCAUACCGACGAGAUAAGCCCACAUCCGCAUUUUACCUGCCGAUAGGUGUAUGUGUGUGUGUGUGUGUAUCAUGUUUUGUGCGUGUGUGUGCGUGUCGCGUUCUCCGUCAGUAUUGUAUUUGGUAUAUCAGCAAGGGCGUGCGAAGGGAGAGGAAACUAUGUAGGUACCUCAAAAGGUAUACUUUACUAUACCACUGGCUGUUGAACAUAGAAACUAUUUAUAGGAUUUAAUUAUUGUACACAGAGGAAAGAAAGAAAUAGAGCACUCUAUUCACGUAUUCUCCUUAAUUUAAAAGAAGAAAAACAUCCUUUCGACUAUUACAUUUAUGAAUAAUAUAUUUGUGAUUGUAAGAAUCUUCAACCAAAAUGUGACAAAGAAUACUUGUUGUUGUUAAUAUGAUU